UCUUCUCUUCGUUAUGAAGUAAUUACUCUGACCUCGAAAAUCUUUUAAAAUUCCGUAUUUAGACAAAUGAUUCAAGAGCGCAAACACUAACCAAACAAAAAUGGGCAUUUCAAGAUCUUCAAUAUUGGUUUCGUUUCUGUUUUCAUUCCUAGCCGGAUUCUUAGUUUCUAUAGGUACAUCCAGUUCAAUUCAUAAAGACUUCUUUUACUGCCUUUCUCAUCAUUCCAAGACAAAUGCUAUCCCAAUCUACACACCUAAGAGUUCAAAUUAUACAUCCAUCUUGCAAUCAAAUAUAGCAAACUUCAGAUUCAAUUCAUCCAGCACUCGAAAGCCGGAUCUAAUAAUAACUCCAUUACAAGAGUCUCAUGUUCAAGCAGCUGUAAUUUGUUCUAGGAAGUACGGCCUUCAGAUUAAAGUUCGAAGUGGGGGGCAUGAUUUCGAAGGUCUCUCCUAUAUAUCUGAUGUUCCGUUUAUAAUUGUUGAUAUGUUCAAUCUUAGAUCAAUCAAAGUCGGCGUAAGGCAUAAACAAGCAUGGGUUCAAUCUGGUGCAACCCUUGGAGAAGUGUAUUACAGAAUUGCAGAAAAAAGUCAGACUCUCGCCUUUCCUGCAGGUCCUGCUGCCACUGUAGGUGUUGGUGGACACUUGAGUGGAGGUGGGUACGGAUACAUGCUUAGAAAAUACGGUAUGGCAGCCGAUAACGUAAUUAACGCUCGAAUAGUCGAUGCAAAUGGUAGACUUCUUAACAAAAAAACCAUGGGCAAGGACUUGUUUUGGGCCAUAAGAGGAGGUGGUGGAGGGAACUUUGGUAUCGUUAUCGCAUGGAAGAUCAGGCUGGUUUCUGUUCCACGCAAUGUAACGGUUUUUUCAGUUAACAGAAGCUUAGCACAAGGUGCAACGAAUAUCGUUCAUAGGUGGCAAGAAGUUGCACAUCAACUUCCUCCGGAACUCGUUAUUCUUGUAAUAUUAACUGCAGUAAAUUCUGCUCCAAAAGGGGAGAAAACAAUAGUCGGUACAUUCAGUUCUCUGUUUCUUGGGGAUGCCAAGAAGCUUCAAAAAUUAAUGAAACAGAGAUUUCCUGAGCUGGGUUUGGGGAGUAAAGAUUGUACUGAAAUGAGCUGGAUUCAAUCUGUACUAUUCUUGGAUGGAAUGUUCUUAAAUGGAACUGCCAGUUCCGUCGACAUCUUACUGAAAAGGACCAAGCCCAAGUUGUUAUUUAAGGUAAAAUCUGAUUAUGUGAAAAAACCAAUUCCACAAAUCGGAUUAGAAGGACUGUGGGAAAGACUAUUGAAAGAAGACCAAACUAUAUCGGUCCUCGUCCCUUACGGUGGAAGGAUGAGUGAGAUUUCAGAAUCUAAAAUCCCUUACGCACAUAGAGGCGGCAACAUAUUCAAGAUUGUUUACAUGGGUUACUGGAUUCGUGAGGAGGAACCAUCCGAAAAAUACAUCGAUCGCGUAAGACGACUGUAUGAGUACAUGACUCCAUAUGUUUCCAAGUCACCUAGAGAAGCAUACAUUAACUAUAGAGAUCUAGAUCUUGGUCAAAACAAGAAUGGCACAACAACUUACUUAGAAGCUAAGGUUUGGGGUGAAAAAUAUUACAAGGGUAACUUCAACAGAUUAUUGAAUGUGAAGACCAAAGUUGAUCCAAACAACUUCUUUCGACACGAACAAAGUGUUCCAAGUAUAGCUUACUAGAAGAACAGAAAUGUAAGAAACUGCUACUUUAAAUAUAAAUAUAUCUAUAAGGCAAUAAAGCAUAU